AUGCCUCAAACACCUCAGUCAAUCUACAACGAGGUAGUUCUUCCUAACCAAAAUAAGAUUCAACAACAAGAACAACAACCAAAGGAAAUCAAAAUCCUCUUCCUAAAGAAAAAGCACCUUUCCUCUAGCUCUAGCUCUAGCUCUAGUAUCGAGAUUCGAAAAUCUAAGCGUACAUAUCCAGGUACGCCGUGGUAUAUUACUAAGUAG